CGAAUGUGUUGAGUAUAUCAUGACAAACACUGACCAAAAAGCAACCCAAAGUAAGACAAAAUAUUAAUCUCACAAGAUGCCAAUCCCAUGGCAUACUUUUACACAUUCCUGCCCUUAUAUCGUAUCUUCUACAUCGUCUCCUGUUUUAUUUAUUUAUAUUCUCAUUCACAUAUCGUACGUACCCUCAGUAGCUAUAAUAUCCCAUCUCUCUCUCUCUCUCUACCAUACCUACUUUGAAUGGCGCCGAUGAGUUUGCCUCCAGGUUUCAGGUUCCAUCCAACAGACGAAGAGCUAGUGGCGUACUAUCUGGAUAGGAAGGUCAACGGCCGAACCAUUGAGCUUGAGAUCAUUCCCGAAGUUGAUCUCUAUAAAUGCGAGCCAUGGGAUUUGCCUGAGAAGUCAUUUUUGCCGGGGAACGACAUGGAAUGGUACUUUUACAGCACAAGGGAUAAAAAGUAUCCGAAUGGGUCGAGAACAAACCGUGCGACCCGAGCAGGUUACUGGAAGGCCACAGGGAAAGACCGUGCAGUAGAAUCAAAGAAGGUGAAGAUGGGGAUGAAGAAGACGCUCGUUUAUUACAGAGGAAGGGCUCCUCAUGGCCUUCGUACUAAUUGGGUGAUGCAUGAAUAUCGCCUCACUCACCCUCCUUCUUCCUCCUCUUCCUUCAAGGAGUCGUAUGCAUUGUGCCGUGUGUUUAAGAAGAACAUACAAAUUCCAAAGAGAAAAGAAGAAGAAGAGAUGAUUAGUGCUAGUGUUGGAAAAGAGGAGGAAGAAGAAGAAGAGGAGUGGAGAAAAUGUGAUGGGAACAAUAAGGAGACGAUCGAAAGAGAAAGCGAAGAAGACGAGAGCUUGAAAAUAGCAUCGGCGGAGACGUCCUCAUCAGAGCUCACUCAAGGGAUCCUUUUAGACGAAGCAAACAGCUCAUCCAUUUUCGCCCUUCACUUCUCAUCUUCUCUUCUCGACGAUCAUGAUCAUCAUCUCUUUUCAAACUACCCUCAGCUUCCCUACCAUCCUCCUCUCCAACUCCAAGAUUUCCCUCAGCUUUCUAUGAACGAAGCUGAGAUUAUGUCAAGAAAUAGUAUCUCCAAGCAACAAGACUUUCGAUGCAAUGGGACACUUGACGAGAUCUUCUCUAUCUCUUCUUCCCCCACCUUCCCCGCAUCCCUUUAAUCUUUCAUAUACUUCUUUUCUCAACUUACCAAAUUAAUUAUAUUCAGAUACGUACGUUCUUCAUAUAUGUUUUUUCUUUCUUUUUGGCUUCUCAAUUGGUUUAACUAAUUAUGACAAAAGGUUUGUCGUUGUGGAGUUAUUUUUCCUACCACAAAAAAAAAAAAUUGAAACGUUGGACUAUUCUUUUUUUUGUUCUCUCAAGGGUGUGUGGUGGGUUCACUAGUUAUUACUAGAUCUUUGGCUUGGUUUUGUUGUUUAGGAAGAAAACGGAAGUUACACAUUUGUAAUAAAAAUCGUUCUUUGUCCUGUCUGUAAUCUAUACAUUUUGAAGGAAAAUAAUCCAAAUCAG